GGAACUUCCCUGAAAAAUUCUGAAGACUGUUUGUACCUGAAUAUUUACACCUCAGCUGACCUGGCAACAAAGAUUGUUACCUGUGAUGGUGUGGAUCCAUGGAGGGGGCUUAUUGGUGGGUGAUGCUUCAACUUUGGAGGGGACGUACCUCUCAGCUGUUGAGAAUGUUGUUGUGGUGGCCAUUCAGUACCGUCUGGGAAUCUUUGGAUUCUAUAGUACUGGAGAUGAACAUGCCCGAGGGAACUGGGGUUACUUAGACCAAGUGGCUGCACUCCAGUGGGUUCAGAAGAACAUUGUCAACUUUGGAGGAGACCCAAAUUUGGUAACCAUCUUUGGUGUAUCAGCAGGAGGUGUCAGUGUUUCAGCACUGGUUCUUUCUCCUUUGACAACAAAUCUCUUCCACCGAGCCAUUUCCCAGAGUGGUGUUGCUCUUAUGGAAUGCCUAUUCAGUUCUAACAUCAAAUCAACAGCUUAGAAAAUUGCAGCCUUUGCUGGGUGUAAAACAGCUACUUCAGCCAGCAUGGUUCACUGUAUGCGGCAGAAGACAGAAGAGAUCCUGAACACAACUCAAAAGAUGGAACUAAUCAGCGUGGAUUUCGUAGGAGACCUUACACAGAAAAUCACAUUCUUACCUGCGGUUGUAAAUGGAAUAUUUUUCCCCAAAAGUCCCAGAGAUCUCCUCACUGAAAAGCAAUUCAAUCACAUCCCCUAUAUUGUGGGAUUCAACAGUGAUGAAUUUGGCUGGAUUUUUCCAAAUAUGACAGGAUAUCCUCUAUCAGGAGAUAGACUUGACCAAGAAACAGCAACAGGUCUUUUGUGGAGUUCCUACCCACUUGUUAAAAUCCCCAAAGACCUUACUCCUGUGAUAACUAAGGAGUGUCUUGGAGUGACAGAAGAUCCUGUCAAAAAGAAAGGCCUAUUUCUUGACAUGAUGGGAGACUUGAUCUUUGGGAUUCCUUCUGUAAUAGUGGCUCGUCUUCACAGAGCUUCAGAUGCACCAACCUACAUGUACCAAUUUCAGCAUCGACCAAACUUUUGGGGAGACCUGAAACCAGUGACAAUAAAAGCAGACCAUGGGGAUGAAUUCUUCCUUGUCUUUGGGAUUCCACUCUUAAAUGAGGGUUAUCCAGAAGAGGAAAAGCAACUGAGCAGGACAAUGAUGAAAUAUUGGGCCAACUUUGCUCAGAAUGGAAACCCCAACAGUGAAGGCCUGCCAAAGUGGCCCAUCUAUGAUCAGAAUGAAGAAUAUCUCCAAAUUGACAUUGCCAUGAAGACAGCCAAGAAGCUAAAGGAUAAAGAAGUGGCAUUUUGGACUGAGCUCUUAUCAGAGAAACCAGUUGGAGUGAAGAGAGAGAUUACAGAGCUAUAAUUUGAAAAGAUCUUCUUUCUCUUUCACAA